AUGGCGGCCACAAAUGGUAUUGAAUCCAUGGAGAAUGGAACCAACGAAAACUCCAAGCUUAUUCCGCUAGAGCCCAUAGACCAAUGGCGGCCGAUUGAUAACAUUCGUACCAUUAUCUUCAUAAUCAUUCGGCAGAUUCUCGACGAAGAUGCAAUGCGCGAUGCACUUGAUCGCCUCAUCAGAGAUUAUCUACCUAUCAUAGGUGCUCGCAUUGAGAUCGUUUCCAAGGAUGGGGACCUCGCAUAUCGUGUACCAAGUUCUUUUCCAGCCGAUUACAAGCUGUUCCAGUGGUCACGUCAGAUCGUCGACUCUUCUUUUGCAGCCGCGGAGGUACUACCUGGUACUUCCCUGGCCGAUUCGGACAUCUUUCACGGACCAUGCUCUAUUCCUGAGUUAGAAAACAAAUGGACGCCGUUGACUUGGCCGAGGGAAAGGCAUUCUGAGGAUCCCGACUUGCCUCUUCUGCUUGUGCAUAUCACCAAAUACACAGACGCCACGAUUGUUUCCAUGAACUUGCCACAUGCUGUAUCGGAUCAGAUGGGAAUUGGAAGCCUAAUCACCGCUUGGACACAAGUAAUGAAGGGUGAAACACCAGCAGAGUUCUUGAAGCUGGAACCUGGCGCACUUGACGGUCUGAGGAAUCUCUCAGAGAAAGAGCUGCGGAAGAAAAGAACAUUCCGUAUAACGACGAAAUUGGAGAGAGCCAGGGCAAUAUUGAGUUUCUUACCAGAUCUCAUACUUAACCCAAAGGAAAUUAGGCAAACGCUAUUCCUACCGAUUAGCUUGAUUGAAGAGCUACGUGACCGUCACACGCAGGACCUGAAAAACAGAUACGGAGACAAGGCAGUGGUUUUGACAAGUGGGGAUAUUGUCACUUCACUUUUGACGAAAUUCGCGUACAUUGGGCGCAAAACAUCCAGGAAUGUUACCAUCACCACGGUCAUAAAUGGUCGCGGACGCUGUCCAGCAGUUCCUGCGGAUAAGCCAUACCUUCAUAACUGCACAUGCUAUGCUGUUGUUCACACACCAAAUCCGGACAAGGUAUCUCUUGCAGAGCUAGCCUACCGGCACCGUCUUGGAGUACUCGAGGGGCUUAAAUCCGAGAAUAUCGAGCGCAGCUUGGCGAUCACCAAAGAACUUUGGAAACGGAAGUAUAAGAUUCACAUCGUUGAGCCUGGUGACUUGAGCUAUGCAUGUACCAAUUGGUGUGGUGCGUGGCGUAAUAUCGACUUCCGUCCAACUAUCGCUUCAAAAGAGGGUACUGCUGCCAAUGGGGGUUCUACGGCCCCGCCUCUUAUUUUCGGACAUUCACUUCAGCGCACCUAUCCCACGAGAUAUAACACACAGAUCAUGUGUAAGGGGGAUGGCGGAUUCUGGUGUGACUUCACGAUUUCCACCAAAACACACCCGUUGCUGGAACGACUUCUUAAAUCUGAUCCUAGACUGUGCAAUUUUUGA